AUGUUUGCGACCUCGGAACUUUCGUGCCAUUUGCGUUCCGUGGUGCUCGACCACCUCGGUUUCAUCGAUUUGAUUGCUUUACUACGAGUCAACAAAAUUUUCAGAACUGAUGCGAUUAGACGUGCAUUGAUGCCGCACAAAGUAAUGAAGCUAGUCAUUAAUGCGCGGAUAUACAGGCCUGACGGUGUACACGAUCCCUGGAACCCAAUCGACGGCGAGGCCAAUGAGCAUAAGAUCCGAGUGCGUGAGACGGCGCUGUGGAUUGUGGACCGACAGAGAACAGCUUUGUACUACCCUCUGUACGUUGACGUCCACCGCAUCUUUCUUAUCCCGGACGCGCCGCCCCGAUUGUUGGUGCGCAGCUUGCCCCCGCAUAGGGAAUAUAAGUGUGACGUGCCUUUCGCCGAAUUUCUCAAGUUUCUCCAUCGCGUGCGAUGUCCAAAAGAACUGUGGGUCGUCCUGAGAGAAGAUUGGGAACAGCCGAGUUCGAGGGCGCAACUCAUCAAAUUCCAGCUGACCCCAUUUUUCCGACAAAUAUCGGCUGUUGAUUGUCUCACCAUAUCCGUGGAGGACCCGGUGACGCUCACGAAGAUACAAGGCGGUUAUUGGGGGAACGCCACGCGACUGCGCUUCAUGGACGCCGCGGAGACGCUGCUACGCUGGAAUCCCUUGCUGGCAGUAAAUCAGGGCGCGACGGGGCCAGCGCUCCAUGGGAUUGAUCUCGGAUCGGGACGGAACGACAUCACGCUCAGCGGUUUCUCCAGGGAGCAGCAACUUUGGGAAUUGGUGGAGUUGGGCGUUCGGGCGGAGCCGGCGUGUUGCCUCGGUAGACUCCUUGAAAUCAACACCCAACGCCGUCUGGCGACCGCGGACCCGAAUGAGCAUGCGGACUUACUGAUGGAGAGACUAGCGGCUCAGCUGAGCCGGGAACAUGGUGGAGCAGUAGCAGCUAUCCAAAAGGGAGCACCCGAGCUGCAAAAGUUGCAGCAUUGGAUGAACAAGCGGCGGCCGAUGUAUCGAGACCACCCGUUGCAGCGCUACUUCGAAGUCCAAGUGUUUCAAAAACGGAUGCUUCUGGCGUUCACCUAUCAAUCGUCCAUCGUGCCGGAACCCCACGGAAACAUAUGUCUUUGCUUCUUCGAAAUCGCGCCUACCCGA